CGGCACCAUUUGCGAAAUGUUUGUGCUCGCUCGCUCGUUUCGGCGCCCUUCCAACUUGCUUGCGCUUUCACCCGGCCAUUAAAAAAGUGUUUGCAUAGGAAAACUGCACGUAAAUUGCGAUACUUGUCGCUGUGAAACAACUUGCCACUCAACACAUUCCAAACGGCUCGUUUGGUGUUCCUUUGCUGUACUGCUGUGUGAAACAAAAUGUCGCAGCUCGCGGACCUGAAGGGAUACGUCAGCUACGCGCUGGACUGCACCCGGUUCCGCCUGGUGCGCGACGAGUCGGAUGUGGAGAACGAGGAGCUAGUGUUUGCGCCGGAGAUGGCGCACCAGAUAUUUGGCGAAUCGGAGAGCAUCUUUGGCUACCGCGACCUGAAGAUCGAAAUCAUGGCCUCGGCCGGUCCGCUCGAUCUGUACUUCGACAUUAGCUACGCGAAGAAGGUCGAGGAGCUGCAGACGGAGGGCCUGAAGGCGGACGAUGUGGAAAAGUCGCUGGCGAGCAUAGUGGAGAACGCGAGCUACUACACAAAUUUGGACGAGUUCAAGCGUGUGCAUGCGUCGAAGGCGCCCUCCUUCCGGCCGGUCGGUACGAAGGUGGACGAGUUCAAGCAUCCGCUCGACGGGACGGAGCCGGGCUCGCGCACGUUCGAGGUGUACGUAUCGAGCGCGGAAGAUGCCGAGUACAUGAAGUUCCAUACGCGGCUGGAGAUGUUUUCGUUCUGGUACAUCGACGGGUUCAGCCGGGUGGAGAUUGAUCCGCUCUGGCUGUUUUUCACCGUGUACGAGCGCUACGAGCUGGAGAAUAACAACGGGUCGGUGGAGGGCGACGUGUCCAACGUGCGGUACGCCACCGUUGGGUACGUGAGCGUGUACCAGUACUACUCCUACCCGAACAAGGUGCGGCCACGCAUUAGCCAAAUUCUCAUACUGCCCCCAUUCCAAAAACUGGGCAUUGCGACGCGACUGAUCAAGCAUGUAUGUAUCAAUUUACUUUCGGCGAGCAAAGCACCUUUUUGUGAAUCUUUCUUCCGCAUCUUUCCCCCUCUUCAGAGCACGUACGAUUACUUCCGCAAGAAGGACAACAUCACGGACAUCACGUUCGAGGAACCGAUCGAGGCGAUCCAGCACAUCCGCUCGGUGGUGGACGCGAGACGGUGCAAGCAGCUGCCCGCCUUCACGCGCGAAAAGCUGCUGGCCGGCUUCUCGAAGGAGAUGCUCCAUGCGGCCCGCGAAACCUACCUCAUCAAUCCGAAGCAGUGCCGGGUGGUGUACGAAAUCCUGCGGCUCGGCGUCACCGACCUCGACAACGAGGAGCAGUACCGAGCGUACCGGCUGGAGGUAAAGAAGCGGCUGAACAUGAACUACAGCCGCCAUCGGCGCGAUCUGGCCCGGGCCAAGAAGCGCGGCGUGGACGUGACGGCCGCCAUGUGCGGACUGCCGAGCGUUUCCGAGCGCAUCGAGUCGCUGAACGCGGAGUACAAGGAGGUGGAGGAGAUCUAUGGCCAGGUGCUGCAGAAGCUGCUGGCCGAACACUAGGAGAGCGGCAGGUUCCUUUUGCAGUGUGUUUUAUCAUCAACAUUUUUUUGCGUUUGUCUUAUCGUCUUUAUUUGUUUAUUCUCCCCUUUCAUUGUGUUUUCUUGUGCCGUCGUAUAACGGGAAUCGAUGUGUUUUAAUGGUAUUAAACAUCGUAACCCGGGGAAAUCCAUCUAAUUUUCAAUAAAAUGAUAAUUUUUGUAAUUUUCAUGUUGGAACGUA